AUUGUAGGUUUGCAUGAAGCAGUAUUUUAAUAUCAAAACGUGUUGCAAACUUUAGUUGUCCUCUUUCUUUGACUAUAUUAUGAAUUUACACAACAAAUAAAUCAAGCUCAGUAAAAUCCAAAAUGGCGCUUGGGAACGAGGUCGUCGCUAAAAAUGACCCUGAGGAAGAGUCCAAGUCAGUAGAUGAUCAGAUAGCUGAAAUACUUGCACAGAGAACUGAAACGGCUGAAACAGAAGUAGAAAAUACAGCCACGCAAGAAGACACUCCUGCAGAAAAUGAAAAUACACCCACUGAAGUAGAAGACACACCUACAGAAGAUGAGCCUUCAUCCAUAGACGAAGAAAACACUAAUAUAAAUGCUGCUAAAGAACCAGAGGCUGAAGCAGAAGAGGAGGAAGAGGAAGAUUUGAUCCCUCCUGCAGAAGAAGAAGAGGAAGAGGAGGACUUGAUUGAUCCAGUAGAGGAAGUACGUGAGAAAUGUGAGGCAAAAGAGGCGUGUCAAAAAUACCUUGAGAAGCUAGAAGACUGUAACAAUCGUGUCGGCAGCAAAUCAAAUACUGCGGAGACGUGUCACGAGGAAAUGAUGGACUGGGUUCAUGCUGUAGAUCAUUGUGUAUCACAUUCGUUGUUCAGCAAGAUUAAAUAACCAAGAGGACCAUAGGACAGUAUUUAUAUAAAUUUUGUGACAUUCAGUGAGAAUAAGGACUGUAACUACGUUGUUCAGUGACAAAAAGGUCAUUAUCUUACCAUAACUUGUACUGUAAAAUUUGAUUAUUGGAUUUAAUUAAGUUUCAGCAUAGAACAUUUUCUUCAGAAUUUCAUUUUGUGAUUGGAUGUUUUAUAAAAAGCUUAAGAUCAACAUUGGGAAACAAAAGGGCUGUACAUCACAUUUGGAAUGGUACUGUGAAACUGCUUUUACCUCAACUUUGCAGAAAGAAUGAGACACUUGUAAACAAGAACAACUACUAGUUAAUACAAGUGUUGCAUUUAGUUAGGGAAAUUAAAUGGAAUUAUUUGUUUCAGAUAGGUUAUAAAUGUUAAAUGAAUUUUAGAUAAAAAUGG